GAAACCAUAAACUUAUAAGGUAAGACCACAAGAGUUUAACUAAUCAAAAUGUUUAGUUGCUUCAAUAGGUUAUCAUUGGAUUAUCUGCCAAGACCAUUGAUAACACCCAAUUGAUGAUGUAAAAGACUCGCCCAUUGAUCGGAUUAAAGUGUUGUGUGUUAGAAAGUAAGAAAUAAUAAAAUGAGCUGUAUGGCUAUAUAUCUGAGAACUAACUAGGCAAAUUGCAAAGGAGAUGGAGUUCAAGGCUUUCUUAGAGCACCUCCGGCAAAUACCUUUUUAAUUUUUUUACUCCCAGAUGCACCCCACAUUAUUUUACUCUGUCUCAUGCCAGAUGAUUUUACUCAUCAGGGGGGAAAUGCUGCCACUCAAUGGGUUAAUAGCAAUUUAUAUUUUUAAUUUUUUGAAUAUAUUUUAUAUUUAUUUUAAAGUUUUCGCCCAUACCUACAAAUAUAUAUAAUAAUAUAAGUGUUUUUUUAUUUUAUUUUUUUGAAUGUGCAAUAGGAUAUUAAGUUUUUUAAGUCCGUAUUUAACUCAUUCCAAAUAUUUACACCCUUAUUGUGAAGUGAAUGUUUGACAAAAUUAGUUCUUGAGUAUGAUUUAUGAAGUUUGGAUACAUUUCUUGUAUUGUGUUCAUGUAUUUUGUUGUUAGUAACAUAGUAACUGGUAAAGUAUUUUGAUAAAGUAAAUUACACUGUGUAUACCAUAGGCGUAUCGGCCAGAUCCCCCCCUCCCCCAAUUUUUACUGUCUGGCAAUUGAGCAGAAAUCCAUGUGUCAUUUGGGCAAAACAUAUAACUCUCAUCAAAGUUGAUAAGAAGAACCACGGUCUACAAUGAAUAAUUAAAUCUAAUAACGCCAAUAUUAAUUGCUUUUAAUAUACUUUGCCAUAUAUGAAGGACACCUGUAUAUGAAUGAUGAUGGCUUAUGGCAAAGAUUAUGAAGAUUGCAGAAACUGAGCAUUGUUCUUAGGUUUUGUCUCAGUUUUUUGUCUAGACAUUUCACUUAAAUGUCUGCUAAAGCAGCCUUAACACAAUCAUACGUACUCAUUUGUUUUAAAAGCACAAUCCAGGCCCUUUUUUAACAUACAAGCUAAAUACCCCCUCGACUCCCCCUUUGCCCCCCCCCCACAAAACCACCCUCGCACAUUUAGAUGCUCAGAAUGCAGAAAAAUUGCUUCAAAUUUCAAAAAUUUUAUGCGGGAGUAUGCCCCCAGACCCCCUAAGGGAUUCAUGUGUGGUAUAGCAGCCACAUAGCUAUCCCCCGCUAAUAUAGUAUCUCACUGAAAGAUCCCUUGUCAAAAAAAUCCCUCCCCCCAAGGGGAAAAUCCUUAAAAAAGGCCCUGAUAAAAUCUCGAACAAAGUUUUAUUUGUGUACUGUCUAAGCAAAGAUUAGGCCUGUACGCCCAUGGUACUGUAUAUACUGUAUUUUUUGCAUAAUAUGUAGCUUUAAUAAUUGAUACAAAGUAAGGAUAUUAUGUUCUCAUCAUUUCUAAUCUACUUUACUUAUGUAGGUGGAGGAUUGUAAUUCAUGGAGGCAUUGAUGGCUUUUCCAGGAUACCUGUUUACCUAGUUGCUUCAAAUAAUAACAAAGCCGACACUGUUUUAACAGCAUUUAAUAAAGCAAUUGAAACUUAUGGUUUGCCAUCACGUGUACGAGCAGACAAGGGAGGAGAAAAUGUCCAAGUUGCAUGGUACAUGUUAAACCAUCCACAACGAGGGCCUGGAAGAGGAAGCUUUAUAACAGGUUCUUACCUACAACGUAUUGUAAUAUAUCCAUGAUUAUAAACAACCAACUGAACAACUGCAGUACAAUUUUUUAUCACCUUUUCCUUUUGGCUUAACAUUAUUGAGCGAAGUGAGGGCAUCCCACAAAAAUACUGUUUGUAUUACUAAGCUUAAUGUUUGUCUAUUUGUAAUAUAGGAAAAAGUGUUCACAACCAAAGAAUUGAGAGGCUUUGGCGAGAUCUCUUCCAGGGAUGCACUUGUAUAUUCUACGACCUGUUCUAUGAAAUGGAAAGACUUGGCAUCCUUGAUCCAAGUAAUGAGGUUCAUCUUUGGUGUCUCCAUUUGGUGUUACUUCCAAUCAUAAACAAGCACAUUGUCUGUUGGCAAAAUGGAUGGAUUCAUCACCCAAUUCGCACUGAGCGGAAUAAAACACCAAUGCAAUUAUGGAUUCAAGGUCUUAAUGCUAUUUCUGCAACGGGAUCCACUAUUGCAAAUGAAGUUUUCCAGGUAAGAAUCACAUUCAAACUUAAUUAUGCAGCAUUAUAUCUUCAAGUCAGGUAUUGCCUAUUGGAUCAAAUAAAUCUAGAAGGGAAUUCCACCAGCAGGUAACAUAAUGUAGAAUAACUGCAUAAGCUUCAUUAAUUUAGUCUGGUGAAGAAACAAAAGUUUAAAAUACAAUUAGUUAAUAAUUGUUUUUGAGAAAAUUGUUAGUGAACAAAACACAUCGCCAAUACACAAAAGAUCCAAAAUGUUAAGUAAAACUGUAAGGAUUUACUAGCAAAAAUAUGCCUACUCACUGUCUACUUUCUAGGGAGGUGAGGAUUAUGAUAAUUAUGGCAUUGAUUGGGAUCAGGCUGCUGGAGAAGUAGAACCAGAUCUUGUUGAAGUGCCAGAGACCACAACUGUAUUAAGUGAAGCACAAGUUGAAGAAAUAAGAGGAUUAAUACCAGAAAAUGUCACAAUUAACAAUGCAAUUGAUAUUUUUACUAACAUUCUGAAUAGAACAUUGGAAUAUGUCAACUUGUGACUGUUAAUGUGCAAUCAUGAUCUUUGCAAUAGUGUAUUUACGAAAAUGGUAAUUUAGGACAUGGAUAUUAAAAAAAAAAGUUUGCUAAGAGUACACUGGGAUCAAUUUAUUACAUUGAUAUGUACAUGCAGGGUGUAUAAAUUAACAUAUUGGCCAUUGUUGGAAUAAAUGCCUUAGCACUAUGCUGAACACUCGGGUGGGUAAAACAGAAUAGAAGUUAAUUUUAUGCAUGCCG